AUGGACCUCAAACUGUUGCCCCUCGUGGUUCUGCUGGUGCUGGCCACACACGCGCCUCUGACCAACGCAAAGCCCAUUAGCCUGGUGGAGCGCUGCUGGUGCCGCUCCACUCUCAAUACCGUCCCACAGAGAAGCAUCAGAGAGCUCAAGUUCCUGCACACGCCCAACUGCCCCUUCCAAGUCAUAGCCAAGCUGAAGAACAACAGGGAAGUGUGCAUCAACCCCGAGACCAAGUGGCUUCAGCAAUACCUAAAGAACGCCAUUAACAAGGUGAAGAAGUCCAGAAGACGCAACAACAAGAAGCCGUAA